UUGGCCUUGGCCACAGACAGACAGACAGACGGACUGCCACCUUCCGGCGAGCUCCAAGUUCCAAUGGCCACCACCGCCUCCGCCUCCCCGGCCCUGCACCUGCUCCACCCAACCACCUCCUCCCGCCGCUGCCAUGGCGGACGCGCACGCCUCGUCACCCCACGCGCCUGCUCCGCCCCCACCCGCCGCGGCCUCAUUGCCGACACCGCCACCGCGGCCGUCGCCGCCGCCGCCGCUCCCCUGCUCCUCCCCCGCACCCCCCCGGCGCUGGCCGCGGAUCCGCUGUCGGAGUGGGAGCGCGUGGGCCUCCCCAUCGACCCCGGCGUCGUGCUGCUCGACAUCGCCUUCGUCCCCGACGACCCCUCCCACGGGUUUCUCCUGGGGACGCGGCAGACGAUCCUGGAGACCAAGGACGGCGGCGGCAGCUGGUUCCCGCGCUCCAUCCCGUCGGCGGAGGACGAGGACUUCAACUACCGCUUCAACUCCGUCAGCUUCAGCGGCAAGGAGGGGUGGAUCGUCGGCAAGCCCGCCAUCCUGCUCCACACAAAGGACGCCGGAGAGAGCUGGGAGAGGAUACCGCUCAGCGCACAGCUCCCUGGGGACAUGGUCUACAUCCAGGCCACCGGGGAGCAGAGCGCCGAGAUGGUGACCGACGAGGGGGCCAUCUAUGUCACCUCCAACCGCGGCUACAACUGGAAGGCCGCCGUGCAGGAGACCGUCUCAGCCACUCUCAACAGAACAGUUUCGAGCGGCAUUAGUGGUGCGAGCUACUACACUGGCACUUUCAACACAGUGAACCGCUCGCCUGACGGCCGCUACGUCGCAGUCUCCAGCCGUGGGAACUUCUACUUGACAUGGGAGCCUGGGCAGCUAUACUGGCAGCCACACAACAGGGCAGUGGCGCGGCGGAUACAGAACAUGGGGUGGAGAGCAGAUGGUGGUCUCUGGCUCCUCGUGCGCGGCGGUGGACUCUUCCUCAGUAAAGGAACUGGGAUAGUUGAGGACUUUGAGGAAGCUUCGGUGCAGAGCAGGGGAUUUGGAAUCCUCGAUGUGGGCUACCGCUCAAAGGAUGAGGCGUGGGCUGCCGGAGGGAGCGGCGUACUGCUGAAAACAAAAAACGGUGGCAAAUCCUGGGUGCGCGACAAGGCCGCCGACAACAUCCCCGGGAACCUAUACUCCGUAAAGUUCAUUGGUGACAACCAAGGGUUCGUACUCGGGAACGACGGCGUCUUGCUCCGAUACGUUGGCUGAAGUAAAGGGAAUCACCACGGCUAUUUAAAUACUUUUUGUACUUAAAUGAUCCAUAUGUAUACCCCCAUGUCAAAGGCUGCUGACUGUCCCAAGAUUCCUCCUAAUGCAAAAGAGUGUAAAUCUUCCCUGUCUGUUACUUGACUGAUGAUGAUGGUUGUUUCCAGUAUUCAAAGAAAGUAGUACUUGAGCA